UUUUUUGAAAUGGCGCGUUUUAAAUGUGGUAGCGCUGACUGAAGAUACCGUGCAGUUGUGUAAAUUUCUAAUAAACCAAAUUCUAUCGGGACGUGAGUGGAUUUUAUUGUACCGACAUCGGUCGUCAAAUCACUCGAUAUGAUGUGGCACAGUGCCGGCCGUACUUUCAGCGUCCUCGCGGUGCUAUUUCUGACGAAAAUCGAGUGUAUCUCGCGUUUAAACGAGAACGAAGCCUGUUAUUCAUUCGCAGGUGGUAGCGUCUAUCCAACUGGCUCCAAACAUGCGGACCAUCAAUUGCAAACUACGAAAGCCGUUAUUGGGAAACAGGCUCCUUAUUGGGAAGGCACUGCAGUGGUUAAUGGAGAAUUCAGAGAGAUAAAGUUAUCUGAUUUUAGAGGGAAAUAUCUAGUUUUCUUCUUUUAUCCACUCGAUUUCACCUUUGUGUGUCCUACUGAAAUUUUGGCAUUUUCCGAUCGAUUGGAAGAAUUUAGACGUUUGAAUAUCGAGGUUGUUGCAGCUUCUGUAGAUUCUCAGUUUACUCAUUUAGCAUGGAUACAUACACCUCGAAAGGAAGGUGGACUUGAAAAAAUAAAAAUCCCAUUACUUUCUGAUCUCACACAUAAGAUAUCAAAGGAUUACGGAGUCUAUUUAGAAGACCUGGGACACACUCUGCGUGCAUUGUUUAUUAUUGAUGGCAAAGGAGUAUUAAGACAAAUAACUAUGAAUGAUCUUCCUGUUGGGCGCUCCGUAGAUGAGACGCUUAGAUUAGUUCAAGCAUUUCAGUAUACAGAUGAACACGGAGAAGUGUGUCCUGCUGGAUGGAAACCAGGACAGGAUACCAUCAUUCCAAAUCCAGUGGAUAAGAAAAAGUUCUUCGCAAAGAACUUGAUAUGAUAUUCGUUUUGAUUUCUCAUCAAUUGCGCUUUAAACUGACUGAUUAUAUUCACCAGUGAAAUACAAAAUACUUUUCAUAAUGUAAUAUAUGUUGCAAGUUUCCCGCAUAAUACGCAUGUAUGAUAAACAGAAUAUAAUUAUUUACAUUCUUUUAUACAAA